AAAAAAGAACAACAAAACCCUAGCAAAGCAGCAGUGUGUGUUGAACUGGUUGUCGAAUCAUAUCGGUAAGAAGCUAAGAGACUAUGUGAAAGAAGAAAAAUGGUAGUGAGGAUUCGAUUGUCUAGGUUCGGAUGUAAGAACAAGCCAUUUUAUAGGGUGAUGGCUGCCAAUAGCAGAUCCCCAAGAGAUGGGAAGCAUCUCGAGGUCCUUGGUUACUACAAUCCUUUGCCAGGCCAAGACGGAGGUAAACGAAUGGGUCUUAACUUUGAAAGAGUCAAGUAUUGGUUAUCGGUUGGGGCACAGCCUUCAGAGCCGGUGCAACGCAUCCUUUUCCGAGCUGGAGUAUUGCCUCCGCCACCCAUGGUGGCAAUGGGACGCAAGGGUGGACCACGUGACACGCGUCCCGUUGAUCCUAUGACCGGUCGUGUUUUAAACGAAGAGAAACCAAUUGCUGGCAACCAAGAAAAAAGUGGCGAAGAUGAGGCUGUUGAUGAGUCAAACUAUGCAUGAAAAAAACUGCCAGCUUAUUUCCAGUGGCCUGGCCCUGCGUACAAGAUUAGUUCAAUUAAAUGUGAUCCAAUGACAACUAUUUUGGAUCUUGAAUUCCCUUUACAAUACUGAACCAAACAUGUUGAAAUUAUUGCUAGGUUUCUUGUUUUCUCUA